AUGGAAGGUGUAUUAACAGAAAUCAUCGAUCCGAAUAUAGCUUUCGUUACUAUAACGAGUCAAGCUGCCUUUUUGACUGCCAAACACGAAGAUAAAGAUACUGAAAUUCAAGAUAUACCUGUUAAUAAGAUCAAAUCGGCUAAGUCUACAGUUAAUAGUACUUAUAGAUCUUAUGAUGACCACACGAGAGAGGAAUUUAUUAAUCGAAUGAUUGAAGGUCCUGUCAAAAGAGGAAGAGAAACGGAGAAGGUGCCCUAUAAGAAGCUUGAAAAGAAUUUAGGUAGACCUAGCGGUUUUACUGGUGAACCCGAGCAGCAUAUCCAAAAAAUAGUCGAAAAAGAUCCACAGCUCUGUGCUGUUGAAAUUAUUGAUUCAUUGACGUCUAAGUUUGAAGGCUUUUCGAUUUCUAAAUCUCAAAUAAAUCAUCAUUUGAAAAAUAACGUGUUUAUUUCCGUGAAGAACCCAACCUUUGAACCUAAUAUAAAAAAUUCAGAUAAAACCCUAUAA